AUGGCCAUCUUCGGACUCUGGGUCAUCAACAAGGCGGGCGGCUUGGUGUAUGAGCGAAGCUUCGGAGAUGGCCUUCCGCACCUGACGUCGAACGAAUACCUCGUCUUGGCUGGAACUCUACACGGAAUACACGCCAUUACGAGUCGCCUUUCGCCGACCGGAUCAAGCUCUGGAGCGCAUGUCAUCUCCGGCGAGUCGUUCAAAAUGAACAUCCUCCUGACCGCGACCGGCACGAAGUUUGUCCUCCUCACAUCACUCGUCGAGCCCACCGCAGACUCUGUGCUGCAAAAGGUGUAUGAGAUCUACGCGGACGCAGUCAUGAAGAACCCCUUCCAUACUCCCGAAAUGCCGAUCCGAAGCGAAGGCUUUGACACUCGCAUAACUGCUCUCCUGGGAUGA